AUGAGCCGAGCAGCCUCAUCAACCCCCCUUACAAAGGAUGAUCUCCAACACCUACUGCGCGAGAUAAAAGCAAAUACGACGGCAGAGUUUGACAAACACCUCACUCCCAUAAAAGAAGGCUUAAGUGAUCUGACACACAGAACAACAGCUAUUGAAGAACAAUUAGACUGGACCGCCAUGCGCACCACGGCAAAUAAAAAAGGUCAUAGCCUCCCUAUAGGAUCAAAUCCGCCAGCUGGAGGAGGCCCAGGAGGACCUUAA